AUCAACUUUGCAUGACACUGAAAUUUGUCCACAAUCUGACAAAACUGAGAAAAAGCAAAUUCAGAAGGAAUCGUUAGCUCCAACAUGUUUCCAGAGAUAUUAGUAAGGUUUUAAAUAUUGAACUCAUCCAAGAGUAAAAUAACUGGGAUUUCAUAGAGCAGAUAAAGACAUUAAUGGUUUAUGAUUCCUGUAUAAAACCAGAGAGCAGAUGGAGACGGCUGACAGAAUCACGAUCCACAUCAAGGCCAAGAAUCUUUGUUAACAGAAAAUCCCACCUGGCUGCUGCAGCCAGUAACUAAAACCCAACUGGGUUUUUCCAUCCCAACAUUUUCAGUCUGGUGUACCUGCUAGCUGGGCUGGGGGCUAUAAAGAGGUGAUCAGUGAUUUAUCAACAGGAAUGAGGAGAAAAGGCUUCAGGUGUGACACACCCAUCACCAACCUGAACUUCUGGUCAGAAAACCUCAACAGGCUGAAUUGUUGCCUGGAUAAAGACAUUUUGUUCCUCUGUCAGAUCAUCAGUGAAGGUUUAUAAACCCUCCAUUCCCUGGUUGAAGGCACACUGCUGCUAGUGAGUCCUGCUGCUGCUGCUGCUUGGAUUCUUCAUCACAACAAGAUGAAAUUCGUCCUUUUUACUUUGUUCCUUUGUGGAUUCGUCCUGGAAAUCAAUGCUGGACGUCUUUUUCGAAAACCGAAAAUUCUUCGUGUGGCAUGUGAGGAAUCAGUGGCUGAAAUAUUCUGUGUAAAUGGGUCUAUAUCUGUGAUCAGUGCAACAUAUGGGCGCAGCGACCAGACAACGUGCUCCGAUGGGAUACCUGAUGAACAGACAGACAAAACUGAUUGUGCUACGAGGGCAGAUUUAGUGUUUCAGAUAUGCGAGGAGAAAUCAGCGUGCGCUGUCUUAGUCAGCAGCUCUGUGUUCGGAGAUCCCUGUGUUUCGACCUACAAGUACCUGGAGGUGCUAUAUCGUUGUGAAAUUCCAUUUGCAACUGAAUGAAGCGACGAUCAGAUCUGCUGUGCUGAGGAUGAAAUGCAUCAUAAUCAGUAACAUCUACAGACGUUGUGAUCCACUGAUGUGCAGCUUCAUCUGUCUUCAGUUUCUUUUUAUGUUUACUUAGCAUUUUAUUUGUUUUUCUUCUCCAAUCUUCAUCUUUUUUUGCUUCUAUUUCAACUUUCCUCAAUAAACCUGACUUGCGUUUACA